AUGAUUCCCGUCCUGAUAGUCGCCCCAGCGAGCGUCCUGGUAGCAGUGGGCAUCGUUCUGGCCCUGGUUCGGUGGCUUCAUUCAGAGUACAGGAGUCCAGCCACCGCCUCAGUCAGCAGCUUCCCUUCUGCCGUGCUGCAAUCGCGGCCGAGCGAGCCGUGGUGGGAGGCGCAGCAGCGCGCGCUCACAAACCGGGCAGCGGCGGCGGCGCAGGCGGCGCGCGGCCCCAGCAGCGGCGCGGGGGGCGGCGGGAGUAGCAGCGCGGAUCACGGGCACCAGCAGGCGCACCAGCAGCUGCACCAGCAGCAACGGCAGCAGCUGCAGCAGCUAACGCACGAGCAGCAGCAGCACCCGCGCGACAAGGGCGGCCUCGCCGGCGGCGACCCCAUGGUGGCGAUGUCGGUGGGCGGCUCGCGCUGCCGCGCGUGCCAGGCGCCCACGACGACACGAUGCAGCAAGUGCAAGGCGGUCAGCUACUGCUCGACCAGCUGCCAGCGCCAGGACUGGAACCGCGGCCACAAGUACGAGUGCCAGCGGCUGCAGAACCAGCAGGCCGUGUCGGCCGCCAACCGGGUGGCGGCGGCCAAGGGGAAGCUGGCCCGGCAGCUGGCCGCGCACCAGGCGGCGCAGCUGGCGCAGCAGCAGCGGGGCGCGGCGGGCGGGGGGCCGGCGAAGGCGGGGCAGCCGCAGGAGCCCGAGGAGGGGGCGCCAGUGCCGCAGCAGGUGAUUUUCCCCUACAAUGCGUUCCUCAAGCUGGCGGCGGCGGGCGGCGGCGCGCGGCGGCGCGCGGGGCCGCGGGGCCUCAUAAACGUCGGCAACAGCUGCUACGCCAACGCGACCAUGCAGGCGUUUGUGUUCUCCUUGUCGAGGCCGGCCACGCGCUCGAGCUAG